GCGAUUACGUCCAACAAGAUACAAAAACAUAGAAAAAAAGAAGAAGAGACUAUUUAUUCAUGUAACGACCCAGUUGAAUUAUGUACAGAUGACACAUUAUAUUUCGCAUUAUAAUGAAUAGUAACAAUGAUAAUCAUCAUAAUAAUAAUGUAAAUUGGAUGUUUCGAAAGUUAUAUAUUUCGAAGUACUUUUAUUUUUAAACUUUCAUUGAGGACAAUCAUUCAAAAACUAUGAAAUUGAUCAUUGAUUAUAAUUUUUAAUAGUUUCAAUAAUUUUUACUUCUUUUUUUUCCUCUUUGAAACAUUGAACAAUUUCGAAUAGAAUAAUUUAAUUAUUAUUACUAUUGUUGACAAUGAUUAUAUAAUUAUUUAAAGGAUAAUAAUUGGAUAUAAUUUAUAAGAAGACUUAAAAUAAAUAUUAAUUUUUACCCUGGUCUUAACAAAGUAGCAACAUGACAUAUGUAGAGAAAAGAUUAAUUCUACGUAAUGGACCACCGUGGGGAUUUCGACUUUAUGAAGAUUUUAUGGAAGGUUUAAUUGUUGCUAAGAAAAAUAGAAAAUAUGUGACUGCACAAAUCAGUUAUGAACACUAUCUACUAGAAUCGAUAAGAAAAUCUGAAAACUAUUGAUUCAUAUUAUAUCGUUGAAUGUUAGUGGACGGUUGUUAUAAUGAUUGAAAAUGAACCAUUUUAAACUGUUUGUGUAUUGAUCAUUGAAUAAGAUUCAAUUUAAGUAUAAAACUUUCGAUUAAAAUAAAGGUCAAAUGUAGAUGAGAAUGAAAUUCAAUGGAUUAACUUUGUCAAUAUUUAUCAAAUAUAAAAAGUAAUUUAUAAAUGAAAUAUUCACAGUUUAUGAUUGUGAAGAUUGUUGAAUUUCAUUGAAAUCAUGAACCGAUACGAUGUUAGACCAUCCAUGAAUAAAAUUGUUUUUUUUGUCAUUGGAUGAUCAAAUUGAAGCAAUAAACAUUGGUUAAAGAAAUCAGUGAAUCAAUAGAUAAGGCAUCGUAGUCCUUCUGAACAAGCAGGAUUACGUGAAGGUGAUCAUGUAUUGGCAAUUAAUGGUGUAGAUGCAUUGGAUAUGUCACAUGCGCAAGCUGUACAAAUUAUUGAUUUUGCAUCUUAUACAUUAGAAAUAAUAGUAGGAAGAUAUGAACGACAUAAAAAUACAGAAACAGUCUAUAUGGAUAACAAAGCUUUAUUAUCUAAACAAAAACCGCAAGAGAUCACUACAACUGAAUUGCAGUUAUUCUGGGAGAAAGAAAUGCCACUGAAACCAGCUCGUCGAAAUUGGCCACCUCCACCAAAACCCGUACAAGAGUACAACAUUCCACCUCAGCCAGCAUCAGUACAAUCUAAACGUCCGCCAUUAGUACAAUCUCAUUCAGUUUCAAUACAUGUACCUGCACAAAAACCAGUGGCUAUUCCAACACCACCUCAAGUACAAACAGUACAUAUACCACCUCCAGUAAGACAACCAUCAAUUGAUCCACCUAUUAUACCUCAUGAUCCAGAUGUUACUAGUGUUUCUGUGAAACAAUUGAUGCGAGAAUUUGAUGUACCACCGAUUGCACCAGAGCUUAAAAAAAAGAAUUAUGCUGAUUCAUCAUUCUAUUCUGAUCCAACAAAAUAUUAUCCAACAAUUGAAGAACAAAUUGAAAUGGCCAGGAGAGUUGCGAAUAGUUUACAUGAUCCAUAUAACUUUGAGUCGAAGGGUGCAUGUAUGUUUGAAAAACAAAGGCAACGAGCAGAAAAACAUGUGAAAGAAGGUCCAGAACCUCAACCAGAUCCUAUUGAGUUGGCAAGUCCUGAAGAGUUGGAAUAUAUGUCACCUCCUGAAGCACCUCCACCCCCGCCUCCACCACCACCAAGUUUUCCUGGACUUCAACCAACUAAAAAGCCGGUGGUUCCUCCACCCCCGCCUAUGGCAUUCGCACCAGGUCAGCCUAAAACAGUACAAGAAUUUUUAGAGAAAAUUAAAAUAUUCCCUAAAAAUUUGCACACAGAUUUAGAUCCACAAAAAUGUUUCGAUAUUGCUACAGCUUUAUAUACAUCAGAUAGUCGUGGUGCUAAAAUGUUUGCUAAACGUCAUGCUAGAGCAAUAAAAUGGGAUGCCCAAAAUCCAGAAGAUGGUGAUGAAUCAGGGAAUAGAAUGAAUGUAACAGUAGCAUCUGGUCCUGGACCAACUGUACGUAGUCAUGAUCAAUUAAAAAUGCCUUCGAAACUUCCACAAUCAAAAACACAAAAACAACUUCAAAUGAAUCAGAGACAACAACAAGCUCCUGUAAAGCAAAAUAAUAACAAUAAUAAUAAUGGAGAGUUGGACGCAUAUAGAAAGUCAUCUAUUUCAUUAGCUACAAACAGUUCGGUAACUACACCGACACCUUUGGACAAUUUGAUUGGUCCCACACCAAAGCCAUUUAUACCAAUGAGUUCAAACAACAAUACACCCUUUGGACAAAUGAAUAACAAUUCGAAUAUUACUAAUGGUAAUAAUAAUAAUAAUAGUAGUAAUACGAUCGAAGCAAAUCGUCUCAAUAAUCCAAGUGAAUCUGGUUGGCGACCAGUGAAAUUUCGAAUUGGACAAACUGCAAAUUAAAUUAACUGUUUGUUUUUGUUUUCGUUAGAAAAUCAAGUUUACAGGGAAUAGAGUUUUAUUUUAUGCAACAUUUUGUCAUUUAUAUACAUAUAGAUAGACUUAAUAAUAAUUUGCUACGUGAUUAUCAUUAAUGCUUACAUUGCUAAUAUCAGUAUACAUCGAUAUUAGUACCGUAAUAAUAACUAUGCAUUGUUAGUUUUCUCUUUAUGCCUUGCAUAUUUUUUAGCCACAAUAACCUGUUCAUCGUUUUAUCCAUACCCUAAUGAUUGUUUAUGGGAUAUAUAACACAUCUAUUCUCUGUUGUGUAACAUGUGUGUGAGUAUGUAUCUCCACGUCCUAUUUAUUCAUUAACGUUUUACAUUUACACUAAAAGAUAAACCAUAACCUUUUUGUAUCGUACACAAUCAUUAUUACCUUGAUGUCAGUCAGUAUAAUUUACAUCUAUGAUAUAAAAAGAUUGACAAAAAUGUACAGAACACAAUCCUUAAAAGUUUUGAAUGUAAUAGAGGAAACCCCAAUGAAUUAAAUUAUAAUAAGUUAGCAAGAAGCAUUGAAACAUUAAAUAUACAUUAUGAAUUAUCGGCUAAAAGCUCAAUCUUUUAGAAUAUAUUUAUUCAUCUAUAUAUAUAGGGACACUUUGUAUUUUCAGUUAAACUAAUCAACUCAAUGUUCAACAGACUGGGUAAAACAGAAAAUAAAAGAAAAACUGUCAGAAGGUAUAUAUAACAGCUGUCCUUUAAUCUAUAACCGGCUGCAAUAAGUACAAUCAUUGCUUAGUUUAUUUCCUUCACUUACUUUCAGCUGCUUAUCUACCCACCCACAUUCAUACACAAAUAACUAUUUGCUCAUACUACCUACUCGUCUCUUUCUCUCUCAUUCUUUCUUCAUAUUUUUUUGCUUAUUCAAUCUACUUAUCUGUCAUAUUCUUCACUUAUGACAGAGUUUAAUACCCUAUAAUCUAAUCUUGUUAUAUUAUUGAGUAUUUUGACUGUUUUGUUAGAAAGUAUAACAAUUGAUUUGAGUUAAUAAUCUUAUUAAAAGUUUUAUUUCGUUUCUACGCUACUCACUUCAGUAUUUGGUAUUUCUGUAAUUUGAAUACAAAGAUUUUUAAAGAAGAGAAUAGAUAAUACCCAGCUAUUCU